AUGCCCCUGGUGCUCGAUGGCGCCGUCGCCGGCUGGCUCCGCCGGCUGGGGGUGCUGAGAGAGUCCGAGGCGGCCCCCUACGGCGACUCGGUCGCGCUUGCGCGGGAGGCUGCCGCCGAGUUCGAGAACGGAGUGCGGGUCGGGAUCCUGUUGCAGCAGCUGGGCGGCCGGCGGCCAGGCGCACUCAAGGAGCUGACCACGCCGGUUGCCAAGCUGUACAACUGGAACCUGCUGUUGCCGGAGCUGCGUGAGUAUGGUGUCUACGUCGAUGCCGACAUGAAGGUGCUCAUAGUUGCGGGAGACACCGACAUCGUCGUCGACGUGGUCAAGCAAUUGCACGUGCACGCACACUCGCCAGGGCCGCAGGGCGGGGCGGCUGCGAGAGGCGACCGGUCCGAUCGAGGGGCCGCGGAGGCAUCGGCCGGCAUCGGCACUCCGCCAGCCGCCCCGAACGAGGCGCGCAGUCCCGAGGAGUUCCUCGCGAUUUGCCUGCACACGCAACUGCACUCGUGCAGCUGGGGCGAGGCCCUGCAGAUGGUUGGCGAGCCGAGCCUCCGCCGCCUCUCGCGGAAGCUGGCGCACGGCGAACGUGGAGACCACGAGACUGCGGUGAGGUACCUGAAGCUCGCGUUUGCUCACUGCCGCCACCUGGUGGCCCUGUGCGGUGCUAGUGAGGCGAAUGCAGAGAGGGCGCUCGCCCUGCUGCAGCCUGGGCUCAGCUCGACCGAGGCCAACGUCGCGCUCUGGACCAGCCGGCUGCUCUGCAGGAUCGCGUCGGAGCUCACCCAGCGGGGAGGGCAGGCGGUGCUGUGGCUUUGGUUCUCCCGGCCCGACGGCGGCGCGUCCGCCAUGAUUGAGGCAUGGCGCGCCCACCCGGAGCUGCACUCGGCCGGCUCACUGCUGCCAAUGGUGCUGCACUUUAGCGGCGACAAUGUGGAGCAGUUCAUCUCGCACGUGCUGCCUCAGCUGCUCGCCGAGCCGACGCCCUACCUGACCUUCGCCCUCGAGCUUCUGCCACUACUCUCGGCCACCGCCGGCAUGCCCAGCUACAUCAGGUACUCGGGCGCGCUCCAAUACUUGGUCCAGCGCGCGCUCCACGUGGCGCGGCUGCCGUACGCGCCCCCGCUUGGCCGCGGACGCGCCCUCGAACUGCUUGCGCAGCUCUGGUCGAGCUUCCCGGACGAACUCCAGACCAUCCGGCUCGAGGCGAGUGCCGACGCCGUCGCUGCAGCCGCCGCCGAGGACGGUGCGUCUCAGGACGCAGCGAGCGUGGUGCUGACGGAGCUCAAGCGCGGCUGCCGCGAUUCCGACUUUGAGCUGCAGAUGGGCGUGCACGUUGCGCUCUUCCGCUUGCUCGACCGCUUUGCGUCGACGAAUCACCCCGCGGCGCCGGCGCUGUUCAAGGCGCUCGCCUUUUCGCUCAUCGAGAACCACCAUGAGGCGGGCGCCCGCCACUUUAUCGCGCGCAACUUCCAGCUCACGCUGAUGCAGCAGCCGCAAAUCCCCGUGGGCGUGCUCCUCAAGCCUCUCAUCAAGCAGGUCACCCUGUACGGCUACGAUAACUCCGACUUUGACUUCUUCCUCACCCUCGCCAAGCACCCGAGCCUCGGCCUGCGCCACGCGCUCUUGCUGCUGCAAUUCCUCGGCAAGGUCUGCCUCAACGACGCGCUGCAUGGGCGGGUCGGCAGCAUCCCAUUCCUCGUGCUCGUGGAGCGCUACCACACCUCUGAGAUGCUGCACGACUUUCUCGAGAUCUUUUGCGAGCAGGCGCUGAGCAAGCUGCUGCCGACCGAGCCGGGCGGCAAGAGUGCCGUCGAUGGCUCCUCCAUCCGCGCCACCCUCUGCGUCGAGCUGACCGCCAAGCUCCUCCACUUGCAACACACCGAGAUUCUCAACCGCGUCGCACCGGCCGUGCUUGCCGCCAGUCAGCAGUACCUGCAGCUUCGGGGAGCGGAGCACCCGGGUCUGGCAGCGCUGCUUGGCUUUGCUGAGAAGCAUCAGAGCCAAGGCUCGCCGCCGCCGCAAAAGCAGGGAAAGCCGGCGCCGGCGCUUCGGCCACGCUCCGACGCCGUGGAUAAUGUCGACGCGGUACCGACCGGCCGCAAAAAGGUGCUACCGCCCAUCUCUCCAGCCCGAUCGCCCAAGGCCGGAGGGGCCACCAAGGCGGAAGCGGCGCCCAAAAAGAGCCCCGCCCGUGCGAGGAGGGCGAGCAUCGGCGGCGAGGCGGCGGACGGCCCGGUGUUGUUGCCGAAGCCGGCAAGCAAGGGGACCGAAGGAGGACGGCAGAGAGGAGGCAGCUACGCGGCAGUCAAGGGUGGCGGCUAUGGCCGGCCGUCUCCAGGCCGACGGGACCCGGGGUCGGACACCGAAGCGACAGCGGCAAAGCCAAAGCCGACCGAGGAGCAGCGGCGCAAGCUUCGCGAGGACCGCGCCAAGCAAAGCGGUGGGAAGAAGUACGCGGCAAAGCUUGUUGACGGGAAGGCGGCGGCGACAGAGGCGCAGCGGCCGCCUCGCAAGCAGGCGGCAAACGGGGCUCGGGCGGACAGAGCCAAAAAGCAGGCGGCUGACGCGGGCAAAAAGGAGCCGCCGCGCCCGGCGCCCAAGCUCUCCCCGGCGGAGCAAAAGCGCGCGGCGCUGGAGAAGAAGCUAAAUGCGGCGGCUGAUCCGAACGAGGUGCCGGUGCCUGCCGGCCUUGCCGUCAAGGUUGAGCGCAAGGAGACGCAGGUGCGUGUCGUCCCGCCCGAGAUGGGGCUGAGCGCAUCAGCCGCCGCCUCGCUCGAGCUCAUGGACAGCAUCUUCGAGAAUGCCCUCGGCAUCAACAUUCUGAAGCCGGUGGCGGCGGAGGAGACGCGUCUGAAGGUCGUUCCCGAGAAGCGCCCCGCGAAAAGCGCACUUGAGCGGAAGGCGCCGCUACAGCCGGCGGAGGUGCCAGGCAUGAGUAGUGCAAACAUGCCUCCGAACGAGACCCUGAUGAAGCGCGCCGCGGUGCGCAAGAAACUCGAGGAGGAGGAGAGGGUCCGCAAGGAGAAGGAGCGGAAUGCAAAGCUGGCCAGGCGGCGCAAGGAGGUGCAUGCGAAGCUGCUCGACUACCAGGAGCUCAAGCAAAAGAAGGAGGAGGAGAAGGAGAGCAAGGCCGCCGCGGCACUCGCCUCCAAGAAGGAGGAGGAGGCUCGGGAAAAGGCGCGGAUCAAGCGGCGCCAGGAGAAGAACAAGGAGAAGCUGAUGCAGUAUCGCAAGUCGACCUCGAGCACCGGCGGGUCCAGCUCGAACACGCUCGGCGGGACGCCGAACCCUGCAGCGGCCGUGGAAGAAGCGGGCACUGCGACCGCGGCGAAGGCGCCACCCGCCGUCGAGGGCUCCACGGGACUGCAAGACGCGCCUGCGUCCGGGAGUGAGCCCACGGAGGCUGCUGCAACUUCUCCCAAUCCGGAGCCCGCAGAAGCGGCGGAUGACUCACCAGCUCCAGAGCCGGAGCCGGAGCCGGAGCCGGAGCCGGAGCCCGCGCCGCCCCCCGAGCCUGAGCCCACGGCCGAGCCGGCGCCGGAGGCGGAGGCGGAGCCGGGUGGCGAAGCUGACGCUGCCGAGGGCCAGGCGAUUGCCGCAGACAGUCCAAUGGCAGGGGAUGAGAGCUGA